CGAUUACGGUCGGAGCUUGAAUAGCGUGUAGACUUUGUUAUCGCCUCCCAAUCGGAGAAUCAAAGCUGACUGAUGGUUGCCGCGACGUCCGCGAACAUAAACUCCCAGCGCUCUCAGAGCUCGUUGGGCCUCAUCCCUCUCCUUCGUUUCUCCUCUCCACCUCGCUUGCGGGUUGUGACCUUUCUGCCCUGGGGGCCUUCCAUUCCUUGCUUUCUUUGCCGUCCAUCCGCUCGACGCAGGAGCCAGUCUCCACCCGUUCUCGCUCUUGCAUACUCCUUUUGUACAUCUCAGCUUCAUCCGCAGUCUCGCCAAGAUGUUCCGCAGCUCGAGGACCACCUUCACCACUGUUUGCUUGCUCUUGUCCUGCUUGGCCGGCUUUGUGAAUGCUGUGCCAGUCGCCGAACCAAAUGUGCUUGGACUUGUACCUCGCCAGACGGUGACGGCUUCUGCGAUGACGCUGGAGACGACUCAGACAGUCAGCACGUACGUGAACCAUCUCAUAACAAUAAUGGAAUGGAUGGAUGCCGCAUCGAGGAAGAGCACUCUUGUGCUCGGCAGGCGUAAUCCAAGCACACAAUUGCUUGUCUGUUGAUCGAGGGUUCACUGGGUCUGCUCGACCAAUGACCUCGAUCGCAGUCGCCACGUGCUGUGUUGCCUGACCGCCAAUGGCAUGGCUUCCUCGCAUGCCAAUGCGCAGUGCCAAGCUGCGUAGAUUGAAAGGUGGACAUC